AUGUCGUCGUCCGAUAUAUUUGAUGUUCUAAAUAUCAAACAAAAAUCUAAGAGUCCUUCUAACGAUUCAUCACUAGCUAAUACCACUAGCUCAGCUGGUGGGAUAGUUACAGGAGGUUCCUCGACCUUGACAAGUCGUGCGCCAAAACCACAGGUUACUGGUAUGCAAAGGGAACUAUACAAUUUACUAGGGGAAAAUCAACCUUCAAUUAUUGUACAACCUACAAGUAAAUUCAAAGAAAGCUUGAAAAGUGUAACAAAAUCUUCCCCAUGGACACAAGCAAGGUUCAAGGCAAACAAGAGACUAGUACUCAGACACUGGGUGAAGGGUUCUAAGGAUUUAUUGGGUGAAGAACCACAGGACUCGUCGUUUGCUAAAUAUGAUCAGCACAUGUCGUUACCUGAAUUUACAAAGGAAGAAUACGGAUUAUUUAUGGCUGAACCUGAUAGAGAUAAGAAGGAAGACGAAAAGAAAGACACAGAGAAGGAUGAAAAGAAGGACGCUGGGAAGAAUGAAGGCAAAAAACCUUCGACAGUUAAAGAUGACAAAUCUGAAGAACAGUCUAAAGAACAAGAACCGAAAAUUGAUGAAAACAAGGAAUCAGUUGAUAAAGUCUUAGGUAAUACUGAGCCAAAGGGAAGUGAUGAUGCAGAGGAGAAAAAAGAAAAUAAUAAUAAUACAAAUAACGAAAAAAGUAAUGAGGUUAGCGGGAACGAUAAGAAAGAAACUGAGAACAUUAGUACUACUGAGCAAGCAAAUGAUGAGCCUACUAUUGCGGACAAUAAUGAUAAUAAUGAAACACCAGAGGACCAAACACCAGAAGACCAAACACCAGAGGAAUGGACCUAUGAAGAAGUAGAGUAUUUGUUUGGUUUAUGCAGAACGUACGAUUUGAGAUGGUUUGUUAUUUGUGACCGUUAUUCCUUCAAUGACAUCAAAAGAACCAUAGAGGAAUUGAAAACCGAAUUCUACUUGGUAUCACGUAAAUAUUUCCAAUCCAAAAAUGCAGCAGAUCCAUUACUUGCGUCAUUAGAAUAUCCUUUAGAGAAAGAAUUGGAGAGAAAGAAAUAUCUGGAAAGAUUACUUUCACGUUCUGCUGCAGAGAUUGCAGAAGAAGAAGCUUUAAUUAUUGAGUCGCGUAAAUUUGAGAUGGGUGCGAAGAAAAUGUUGAUAGAGAGGGAAUCGAUGUUACGUUUAUUGGAUUCGCCUAACUCUGAUAAAUCGGUGGCACAACAUCUGACAUCGCAAGGUAUAUCACAAUUGUACAGUAGUUUAUUGGCUGACAAGGCACGGAAACGGAAACAUGACGCAACCGUCCCUGAGAAUCCAUGGAUGAAACAACAGCAACAGUUUGUACAACAGAAACAACAAUUACAACAAUUACAUGAACGGAAACCGGAUGUUUUAACAGCUGCAAAUUUAUCUACUAAUGGAUCUUCUUUGUCCAGUGCCACUUUAGCGCACAAUAUCAAGGCACCAACUACUUCAAGUUCAACUAAUAAUAUUAAUAACGACGGAGUAACCAAUACAGGUUCUGACCAAUCUAUGGUACCACCUCCUCAAAAGAAAACUAAGAAACAAAAACUGGAACAACAGACUGCCCAAAAGAGGAAGACAGAGGUCGCAUAUGCAGAAGACUUACUUAAGGAUUUCAAUGAUGAAGAGAAAAAAUCUCUGGGUAUUUCAAUGCAUGGCGAAAAGCUUACACCCGGUGUAUUUCUCAGAUCAACAAAGAUAUCUACGUUCAAACCAGCCUUACAGAAUAAGGUAUAUAGUGUGUUGCAAGAGCUAAAAUUGCCUGUGAGACCUGCAAUGCCUUCAAAAGCUGUAAUUGAAAAGCAAGAGGAGUUACUAAAGCAAAUAGUCGUACUUACUGAUCUGAAAAAGUCCCUUGAUAAACUGGACGCCGAAAAGGCUGUUGCACAGUAA